AGCAACGACAGCUGCCUCAUCAUGUGUCAUUCACUCACCACCAGCCGAUAGCCUUGACGGCACACUGGGGCGAUAUAUGUCAGCUCGACUACUAAACGACAGUAAAGAUGAAGUCCGAAGAAGAGGCAUCAGAGAAGGAUGAUGCUGUUACUCCCCAAGCUCACAGCGACAAAUGGGCCGAUGCCCUAGAAAAACUCAGCGUCGAAGAUCGAAAGCGGUUUGAUGUGACGGGCAUAGCCGAACGCAGCCCAAAAGAUGUCCUGGCUGAUGUACUGGAGGCGACAGAGAAGAAGAAGAGAGAAUGCAUGAGACACCGGUGGAAAAUCACUAUCAAGGGCCGUACUAUUAUUCUUCGAGACGUCCUCGAAAAGAUCACGGUUUGGGUGAACAAGUUCUCGGCCAUAGGUAAAGCGAUUGCGGGAGUUGAUCCAGUCACCGCCGGAUUGCCAUGGGCCGCUGUCUGUUUCAUAUUACAGACUGGCUUGAACGACGUGGAGAUUUUUGGCUUCGUAUUGCAAUCAGUCGAGGGUAUAUCCAAUCUUCUCGCGAGUACGGCAAUAUUUGAGGGCCUGUACCUGAAUGCUACUCAGCCUAAGCUUUCCGUUUCAGACAAGCUCUCCGAAAACGUCAUUUCUCUGUAUGCUACCGUAUUACAGUUUCUUUCCGAGUUGCUGCAUUACUAUUCCCAGCGGACAGCGACCCGCUUCAUCAAGAGUGUUGCAUUCUCCCAGAGCGACUUCGAAGCCAAGUACGAGCCUGUCAAAGCUGCAAAACAAGACGUAUGGGAGCUGGCUACUUUAGCAGAAGCCGAGAAGACAUCAUGGGCUCUCGAAAGUCUCGACAACAUGGAAGAAACGCAGCGCCAGCAGCAUCAAACCCUUUCGGAGCUUCUAGCAAAUUUGGAGCAACCUAUUGACCGCAUAAAUACCCAGCUAGACUUGAUUCAGGACGGACUUGAACGUGAAAGCAGGAUCCAGAUAUUACGAUCAAUCUCUGCUGUUCCGUACGCAACCCACCACAAAGCUGCCCGAAAAGGGCGCCUGGAAGGCUCCGGCCGGUGGCUACUGAACAACAAGGCUUUCCAAGCCUGGCGCAGUGACAGCACUUCGUCAGUACUAUGGCUCCACGGCAUCCCCGGGUCCGGGAAGACGAAGCUCGCGUCUCUCGUAGUGGACGAGCUCCCAGGGUCUGAGAACAUGGCCUACUUCUACUGUAUGCGCAACCCGGCAGAGCCGCUGCGUGGUCAAUGCAAUGCCGUCCUUGCCAGCCUGGUACGGCAGCUGGCAAGUACUUCGGCCGACUCACCCCUACUUUCGGCUGUGGUAAACCAUUACCGAGAUGCCCUUGACGGCAUGGCAGGUUUCGAUGACUUUGCAUGGACGAGCGAUGAGUCGUCUGCAAUUCUCCUGGAACUUCUGGAAGACUACCCAGCCGUAACAUUGGUGUUUGAUGCGAUGGAUGAAGUCAACCCGGAAGACCGCCAAGAGCUCAUGGACAUUCUUAGCGAGCUGCUACGUGAAGCCCCAAAUCUUCUCAAAAUAUUCGUUUCCAGCAGAGAGAACUACGACAUUGCAUUGCACUUUGAAGGGUCCCCAAACAUCUACAUAGAUGCCCAGGACAACAGAGGGGACAUUGAGUCUUUCAUUGAUGAUCGGCUCACGGCAGCCAAGCUGCUUCGUGGCCGGUUACCUGACACUCUCCGACUUAAGAUUGCGGAUACGCUGCUCGAGAAAGCACAUGGCAUGUUCCGUUGGGUAGACUUGCAGAUCCAGUCCCUCCGUCCGCUCAAAGUAGCAGCGGACAUCGAAGCACGACUAGGCGUUCUGCCAGCAACCCUCGAGGAGUCGUACUGGGACAUCUAUCAGGAUAUUCUCAGCUCCGGCGAGCACGCGACAGACCUGGCUAUUUUCACCUUUCAGUGGGUCAUGUACGCUAAAGGCUCGAUUGAAGCCCGGCACUUUGCGAACUUUGCGUCCUGUGCCCUCUCGUCCGAUGACCUUGCGCAGACGUUUACCGAGACGGAGAUCAUCGACGUAUGCGCCAAUCUCGUCGUCAACCGCAGUGGCGUCCUGGAAUUUGCACACUUGUCGGUGCGCGAAUUCCUCGAAAACCUUCCGAAGCGCUCCGUCGAACUGGUGGUGAAGGCAACAAGUCAUGGCCGCAUCGCAGCGGCUUGUAUCAAAUACAUUGCCGUGGAGCAGUCGAAAGACCCGAAUGGAGAUUUGGACGACAGAGCCGAUGAACCGACGGACACGGCCGAAGAAGCAACGGACGCAGAAAAAGAACCCAAGGCUGCAGCAGAAAAACCAACGAUAACAGUAGAAGAGCCGGAAGAAACGGUUGAAGGAUCGAAAGAAUCGGCCGAAGAGUUGCAAAACGCAACCGAAGACGACGACAACAACGUACCCGAAACACCCAAAGACGCACCCGAAGAUGGCCAGGAACCAGAGGAUGGCCUCAAGGAAAAUGGAGGACCCAAGGCCGAUGAAGAGGCGACAAUAACCAUCACUAUGCCUGACAAAACCAUGCUAGAGUAUGCGUCUCGCUACUGGCCUGAUCACGCAUCUGAAAGCGGUAGCUGCCGAAUGGAGAAACCUCUCCAGGAUCUCAUUCGAGGCCUCAUGAUGAACGACGAGACCAAGACCGUCGCCAACUGCUUCAAGUUCUGGGCUCGGACAAUGCGAAAAAAUACCACGUUUCCUCUCCGCCAUUGGGAAGAUGACCAGCUCAAGGAUGCUUGCGAAGCUCCAGCCAACCCAAUCUGGCUGGCUUGCUUCCACGGUUGGCUCGACGUCAUUGAAUAUCUAUACGGCAUCAAUUAUGAGGACAUCGGCGAUGCUAGGAGCCUGGCCUCCUAUCGCGGGCGAGGUGUCUCUCGGAGCGUUUCUGAGGACGAGAAGGUCAUGUCGCCACUUUUGUAUGCCGUGGCGACAGGCAACUUUCCCCUGGCAGAGUGCCUCGUGAACUUGGCUUCUGAUGUGCUGCAGACGAAGGCUCAGACGCACUCUCAUCCCCUUGUGCGCGCAGCGGAAGACGGCGAAGAAAAAUUAUUCGGUUUGCUCCUUCAUAAGGAGCACGGCGGUCUGGACAUGGAAACAGAAGCCCUCACGGGCGCUGCAAAGACGGGGAAAAUCGAGAUCUUUCGCAUCUGUCUUGAUUACAACCCAGAACUUGUCCCGCUGAGCGGACGGCUCAUAUUCUUCACAGCCUGCAAGAACGGCCAUCUCGAAAUUGUCGUGUUCCUUCUUGAGCGGGGGGUGAACGCGGAUGAGGGAGCGUGCCUAACCGUUGCUGCUUUGCAUGGGCACAGCGCCAUCGUUAAAGAAUUGCUACGAAGAAAAGUCGGAGAAAUGGGCAAGUCAAAAGCACUGAUAGCUGCCAUCUCCAAUGGAGAUGAACCGUCCAUCAACGCCCUGCGAGACUCGGGCGCGGAAAAGGAGCCGGCGGCAGUACUUCGAGCCACCAGAGAAGACACGCCACUGACCGCACUGCGACUCAUCGAAUAUGGGUUCCAGGUCAGAGGACGAUGGGCAAAGACAGGUCGAGCGCCCCUUCACUACGCCUCUCUCUACGGACGCGACAAGGUGGUCGCAGCUAUCUUGCAUGCUGGCGCCCCAGUCGAGGUGUACGACAGUCAAGGACAGACACCCUUGCACCUCGCCGCCAGAAGAGGGAACACUGAGUGCGCCCGUGUGCUUCUCGAUCACGGGGCAGACGUCCUGGCGACGGAUGAUCAAGGGCAGAUUCCGUUGGACCUGGCAGAAGAUAGUAAUCCCGCGAGUUGCGAGAUCCUGAUUCGAGAGAGGAUGGAGCAGCUUCUCGAGACUUUGACGAAAGCGAAGAACACGCGGGAAACUACUGUCCUAGGCACUACCGACGCGGCUCCUGAAGAUGCAAGCCUCGCUCAAAUAGGGCAGAGAUGACAGAAUAUUUCAGGGGGUUGUUGGAGUUAUCUAUUCAUAUUGAUUGAAACGACUCGGAGUUUAUCGGCCUUCCUCUUUGACGCCACGUAGUGGUUAACGUCCCUCACCCACUUCUGGGACACCCCCCUAUAUAGGACACCCUAAAAUCCACACCACUACUUCAACCUACCUAUCUUUAAACUAUAAUAACUUUACUAAUUUUUAUCUGAUUCUUACCAGGUUUUCAGAAUACUUACUUGUAUUAAUUAUAACUAACUAUACCGAAGCUCCCGGACUUCCGACUAGCACGAUAACUGGAAUCGGCGGCGUAGCAGAGCCCCCGUAGCGCUAGAACCUCGGGUAUAUACACGGGGACGCAAAGACGGCUAUAAAGGGAAUAGGUAGACGGAGAGUAAGG